UUCUCUCUCUGCUGUGUUGAAACUUUUUCACAACAGCCAACCAUGGCACAAACACCUAAUGUUGUUAUUCUACCAAGUCCAGGCAUGGGUCACCUCAUUCCAUUCAUCCAAUUUGCUAAACAUCUAGUUCAUCUUCACAACUUUCAUGUCACAUGCAUUAUUCCUACUAUAGGGUCUCCACCCAACGCCAUGAAAGCUGCUCUCCAAGACCUUCCUCAGAAAAUAGACCUAAUUUUUCUUCCUCCAGUAAGUUUCGAUGAUCUGCAUGAAGACAUCGAGAUUCCAGUGCUCAUUGCCCUUUCGAUAAAUCGUUCACUUUCUUCUCUACGUGUUGUUUUAAAGUCGUUAAUCAAGAAUACAAGAUUGGUUGCAUUUUUUGUUGACCUUCUUAGCAUUGAUGCACUUGAUGUUGCUAAGGAAUAUAAUCUUGCGCCUUACCUUUUCAUCCCAUCUAGUGCCAUGUCUUUGUCACUCUUUUUUCAUCUCCCGAAGCUUGAUGAGAUCGUUUCAUGUGAGUUUAGAGACCACCCCGAACCCAUUGAAAUUCCUGGAUGCAUUCCACUUCAUGGAAUGGAUCUCCUAGAAGCGCUUCAAAACCGAAAGAGUGACGCUUACAGAUUGUUUCUUGGCAUCACAAAACGACUUGGUUUGGUCAAAGGUAUUGUGGUGAAUACAUUUACCGAAAUGGAGGCUGGAGCUUUGAAAGUUUUGCAAGAAGAAGAACCCAGCAAACCACCUAUUUAUCCAAUUGGGCCACUCAUCAGGACCAAUUCAAUUGAUCCCAUUAAUGAGCAUGAGUCUGAUUGUUUAAAAUGGUUAGACAAUCAGCCCAGUGGCUCAGUUGUGUUUGUCUCGUUUGGAAGUGGUGGAACCCUGUCUCAUGCUCAACUCAAUGAACUGGCUUAUGGUUUGGAGAUGAGUGAGCAAAGAUUCUUAUGGGUUGUAAAAAGCCCAAAUGAUGAAUCUUCUGAUGCAACAUUUUUCAGUGUCCAAUCCCUAAAGGACCCUUUUGAUUUCUUACCAAAUGGGUUUUUGGAAAGGACCAAAGGAAGAGGUCUAGUUGUAUCCUCUUGGGCACCACAGGCUCAAGUUCUUAGCCAUGUCCUAUCGCAUUGCGGUUGGAAUUCAACUCUGGAGAGUGUUGUUAAUGGUGUACCACUAAUUGCUUGGCCACUUUAUGCAGAACAAAAAAUGAAUGCUGCAAUGUUAACUGAGGAUGUUCAAGUGGCAUUGAGACCAAAGCCUAAUGAAAGUGGCUUGGUGGUUCGAGAGGAAAUCGCAAAAGUUAUUAAAGAAUUAAUGGAAGGAAAUGAAGGGAAUAAAAUUCGGAAGCGUAUGGAAGGGUUGAAGAAUGCAGCUGCAAAGGCUUCAAUGGAAGAUGGAUCUUCAAUAAAUGCACUAUCAAAAUUGGUAUUUGAGGCAUUUACUAAUAAAUAACAACUGCCGUUGAUACAAUUAUGAAAGACGUGUCUUUCUUUAAUUAUUAUUUUCUAGGUAUUUGUAUUUCUGGUAUU